CAAAGUUUGACUUUAUGCAUGCCUUUAUGGCCAUUCUCUUGAAGGAAAUGAGGGGUGCCAGUACUUUUGGACUUGACUAGCUACCAAACGGCGGCCCCUACUGACUACCAGCAUGUUUAAUAAGAAGAUUAAGACCAUGGCGGCCACCACAAGCUAAACAUCUUGGAGCUUUACAACUUCUUAACUCUUAACAGUCGCCAUGUCUUCAGUUAUGAGGGGAAAAAAGAUUUUUUAGCCGAACUAAAGCUCGCUGAAGAUGUUCUGACUCGCUACGUAUCCGCAUUACUGCUUAACGCUAGCUACCUGGCUAAUAGGUGACUCGCUAGCUUGAUGUUACGUAUGCGUUUAUUUAUUUAAUACACAAUGACAUUAUUCCUGAAUUAAAACGUCGAGAUAUAACAUUAUCUCACAUUUAUAAAUUUCGGGUGCUAAAUGUUUUUGUUAUGCGGAUCAACGCAAUAUUUAUGUGAAAAUUAGUUGUGGAAUCUGGACUAGGUGCUAUGCUGUUAGCCACCUAGCUACCCAGCUAACAACACCCUUCGCUUCCGUGGCGCCAUCAAACCGGAAGUUUGAAAAACCACAGAUUCAGGGUGAAGUUUUGUAUGAGGACACAUUUAUUUAACGUUUAUGGAAGGAGUCUCCAGUGUCAGUGCUUUCUCAGUAACACAGCAUGGCGACGGUGUCCAUCAGAGGUGUGUAUUUCAUUCUCACACUCUUCCUGAGCAGUUUUUUUGGCAGUGUGUUCAUGUUGGGUCCGGUGCUGCCCGUCAUGCUGCUGUCUCCGGCCUGGUACCGCUGGCUUACGGACCGCAUCGUGGCCACCUGGUUCACCCUGCCCGUGGCUCUGUUGGAGCUCGUGUUCGGGGUGAAGGUGAUCAUCACGGGUGACGGGUUUGUUCCCGGCGAGCGCAGCGUGAUCAUCAUGAACCACCGCACACGUCUGGACUGGAUGUUCCUCUGGUGCUGCCUGCUGAGGCACAGCUACCUCCGGCUGGAGAAGAUCUGCCUCAAAGCAGCUCUCAAAGCCGUGCCUGGUUUCGGCUGGGCAAUGCAGGUGGCUUCAUUCAUCUUCAUCCAUCGCAAGUGGGAGGAGGAUCAGAAUCACUUGACCAAUAUGCUGGAGUACUUCUGUGAUAUCAGGCAACCGCUGCAGCUACUGCUUUUUCCUGAGGGCACUGACCUCACUGAUAACACUCGUGCCAGAAGUGAUGAGUACGCGGAGAAGAACGGCCUGCCGAAGUACAAGUACGUUCUGCACCCACGCACCACCGGCUUCACCUUCAUCGUGGAACAACUCCGCAAAGGGGACAAUCUGGACGCGCUGCACGACAUCACCGUAGCAUACCCGCACAGCACCCCUCAGACAGAGCGCCACCUGCUGGCUGGCACCUUCCCACACCAGAUCCACUUCCACGUGCACCGCUACCCAGUGUCCUCUCUGCCGGAGGAGACCGCCGCCCUCCAGGCCUGGUGCCACGAGCGCUGGGCAGAGAAAGAGGAGCGCCUGCGCUCGUUUUACAGCUCUCAGCGCUUCGACGAAGCCGAAGCCCGCAUACCGCCCUGCAAGAGCGAGCUGAGGGUGGCGCUGAUCAAAGCCGCGUCGCUGUGCUACUGGAACGCCUUCAUCGCCUUUUCCUUUCUCGGCCUCUGGCUCUGGACGCCGUUGCGCGUCUACUUCCUGGUGGUGCUGAUCUUCUUCCUGGUUCAGCAAAAGGUGAUGGGCGGGGUCGAGCUGAUUGAGCUGGCGUGUCAUCAACGCCUGAAAAGAACAAGUGAUGGGCCAGGAAGAAAGAAAGACUGAGAGGUCUGUCUGGUCUCUCCCUCUCUCUCUCUCUCUCUCUCUGACUGAGCAGGAAGUGGAGCCCCUUCUGGACCCAAGUGUGUACUGCACAGCUAGGAAGGGAGGAAGGGGUAAAGGAGGAGCGUGCUUGACUCUUAGCUGCCUGAAACAGGAUGAACUUAAUCUUCAGUGCUGGAAAUGUGUCAUUUUACAAUUUUCACUGUGUAUGAGGAACUGUGUGUGUGUGUGUGUGUGUGUGUGUGUGUGUGUGUGUGUAAGCACACAUUUUUAUCCAGUUGAGUUCCACCCACAUUUUCUCAUGUAUCAAUAUUUAAUUUUAUGUGUUCACAUAUUUAUCUAUAUUUUGCCUCUUGUUAAAGGUUGUGGUUCUUGCAUUUUUUUUCCUGUUUGAAACAUAAUUUUAGUAAUGAUUUCUUAUUUUUCUCUUUUAUUUAUUAGUUUUAUAAUUAUGGACUCAUAGCACAUAGCUGGCGCUGAUACUCACCUGUGUCUCCUGAUGUAGCCAGCCAAAUCAAGGGGGGAAAAAGGCACUUAUAGUCGUCAGAUGUAUGUAUAUGUUUUAAAAGCCGUUCAGAAAAGAACUGAAAGCGAAUGUAAUGAUGCUCAUCUCUGGCUGCGUCCCAAACGUCGAGAUUAAACAGUGGAAGGUGCACGGCUUUAAAUGCUUUUCGCACGAGGAAAACCAAAAGCUGGAUUUUGGAGAAGAAACAGAUUGAGAUUGAUGAGUUCGUUCUCAAGCAUUUCCUCAGAUACGAGUUCAGAAGUUUUCUGUGACUAACAGCACACAAGACAGCUUUACAAAUUUACAAAUAUAUACAAAUCGCCUUAAACAUUGUAGAAGAUGGUUGCUAUAGGAUAUCUAUAUAUAUAAAGUCCAGUUUUUACUAUUAUGCUUUGGAAAUAUUUGGCCUAACACACAGCCUUGUAUUUGCAUGUUGCUGCAGUGUGGACUGGUUUGUAAUUUUCUAAACGUCUAUAAUUCAGGGAAAAAAGGCUCCGUCCCAAAUGCCUCCCCCAUUUUGUGUGUAUGCACGACGUAGGGUUUUGAAGUAAGCUUUCGCACCCUGUAUGUCCAAUAAGGAAUUGGGAUUCAGCACCUUAGUCCUUAUCAGUGCAUUAAGAAUGUAUGGCACAUUGGCUCUUAGACCCUAAGUAGUGCACUAAAAUGUCCAGUAGAGAACUUCAGGAAUGAAUUCGUGCUCUUUACUCCUUAUAUUGGACAUUAACCAAUCAGGAGUCCACUACAUGGGGUUUAAAGUAAUAGCAUUUACACUCUGUGUAUCUAGAACUAAUCUAAGUGUACUACAUAGGCUAUAGAAUAUUGCUUACUAUACUAUUUCAUUCUUUAUCACAUCUACACCCUAUACCCUACACCCUACAUAGUGCCCUUACUAAAGGGUUAAUAUGGGAGUAAGCCAAGCAUUUGGAGUGCACAAAAUACCUAAUAGGGGAACUUUCAUAUUUUUGUUCUCCCUCCAGCAAAUAUAUAAACAGUGGAUUGUACACCCUACCUAGUGCAUAUGAAGCCAUUUAGGACUGAGCCAUUUCGUAGUCCUACAUCAUUAAGGAAGAAAGGCUACUGCAUAGUGAACUAUAUGUUACGUAGGGUGCAAGUUCCCUGUAUAAGUGAUCUAGUUAUUGGUGUAUAAGGAUAUUUAGUGUCCUAGAAAACCGGCUCAGCUCCCUAGUACGAACUAAUGAUAUGAAUGUUAUUUGGUAUUGAACCGUGAUGUAUCGUGGCGUGUUUGGAGCGGGGCUAAUGUGAGUCACAUAUAAUGCAAUGCCUGGUCAUGGUGUAGUGUGUGUGAGGAAGGUUUCUGAUAGUCCGUUCCUAUCUGUUUUCUCCUCUCCUCUCCUCUUUGUCCGACGAACCAGAGAGGUUUAUAGGACGGUUUUACAGGGUAAAACACACACGCGCACACACACACCCAUCUAGAUUUCCCUGCUAUCCAUCAACAAACUAAUGUAAACCCUGAUUUUUCUCAGUGUACGUGACAAUCCAUUCAAACAGCUGUUUUUGUUGUGUGUGUGUGUGUGUGUGUGUGUGUGUGUGUGUGUGUGACAGUAACUCAAUGCUGAUCUUAUGUUAUCCUCAUCCAGGAAAACAAAGAGUGUAAUUCUUAAUGAUUAAGGUGGAGUGAUAAAGUUUACAUGUUUUCCCAGUGCAGCACAUUUAGAGCAAAAUCCAGCCACUGUGAUGAAGAAUGUUAUAUUCGUACACAUCACCAGAUAUUAUUUCUCAUUGCCUGCUUUGAUACACACUAGGGCCCGACUGAUACACACUUUACGGAGCUGAAAAUGCCAGUACUAUCCAUACGCCAAUAGGUUUGCUUUAAACGGGGAUGAACAGCAACAUAAAUAUAGAAAAUAUAGCUGCAAACAGCGAUCAUCGGGGUCCAAGCACUUGCUCCUUGAUUUGCAAAUAAUAGAGACAUUUUUAUGUAAAUUUCUAAUGAUUUGGUUGGGUGAGUUUCAAAGAGUAAGAUUUGCAUAUUAUGCAGAUUUGCUCAGAAUGUAGCUAUAUAUAGCUUAAAAUUAGUCCCUAGAUAUACAAAUGCAGCUUUAUUCAUAUUCAGGUUAUGAGUGGAAAAGAAUUUCGAGAACUCAGAGAUCAGGAGCAUAAAACCACAGGCUUCCAGUAGCAUGAAUGCUUACUAUACACUACUCUUACUAUAUUCUCAAAGAACUUUCAAAGGUUUUGCUCCAUCAACAAGAGAUUUAAAGUGUGGGUCCUAACGAUGCCACAGCCAUCCAGUAGAUUAUAACUACACCUUCUCUCACACACACGUGAGAACAGUCGCUCUUCUGAAUGCUGUAGCGUUCAGUCUACCUGCUGUUAGUGGUCAUUCAGAAUCGCAUCAUGUUUAUGAAUGUAGUUUGCCUAUAGAACAUUAUAGGUGCAUUAUAGGAUAUAAUAUCGGUCAGGUAAUACACACAUUUGUUCUCUUUUUGUUUUUUCUUCAUUUAUAUGUCAUGUUUUUGCUUGUGAGUCUCACGCUAUCCUCAGGUACACUAUAAUUUUCAGUCACUGUCAUUUUCUUCAUGCUGUUAAGACCAAUGCUGCAAUAAAUAUCUACCUUUUCA